UUACUAAUUAUUUAUCAAUUUCAGACAGAAAUUGGCUUCAUAAUAUUAGAAAAACGGAACCAGGUUUCAUUACCUAUACGUAUGUUGAAGGAAAGAAAUACCAUUUGGAAGAGGAUCAUGUAGCUACAAAGUCACAAGCAGAUACGUUUUGCAAAUAUCAUAAUAUGCAACUUAUUGCCAUUCGUAAUCGAAAAGAGUCCGAACUGCUCAGACAUUUAGUUGCAGAUUCAACUGUUACCGGUCCAUUUUGGACAUCAGGCGAGAAAAGAGGCGAUUCCUGGGCAUGGUCUACAUCAAGAGAGCCCAUUUCAUUUGUCAAUUGGAAGAAAAAUAAACCGAGCAUUUUUGAAACCUUGAACGAAUGUAUCGAAAUAGACGAAAUAGCUCAAUGGAGUGAUCAAAAUUGUGAAAAAAAACGUUAUUUUGUUUGUGAAGUACCACAGCUCACACCAAGUGUCAUAUCGAGUUAUUCAGAGCCAUCUGGCAGUCAGUGCGCCGCGUCCAGUCCACCGAUUGUGAAAGUGUACAUCAGCAAUAACAUCAUUACAGAAGAAGGAACCAACACCGUUGCCGAGAAGUUCCUCACCUCAGAAGACGUUCAAGUUUCCUCCAAUGGGGGAUAUCACGUUCAAGUGAAGAAUAAUAUUGAUGCAUCGCCUCCUGAAAAAGACAUCACAAGACAUCAUUCUUUUCAAAUUCCUAAGUAUCUCCCACCAGAGUAGGAUUUCGAUUCAAAAUAAGAUUCAUUCGAGGCAAUAAUACUUUGAAUUUAAUUAAACAUUCUAUAUUCAGAGUGACGA